UUUCGGUUGGCAGCAGAAGCGGCGGCGGCCGCCGGCGCCUCACGCCUGACGGGACGAACUCCCACACCUGCCCGGCCCGGCUCGGCCCCGUCUCGGUGCCAGCGCUCCGGGAGCACCUUCCCCGCUUUUCUCCUCACGGGCCUGUCUUGGCGCGCGGCUUUCUCCGCGCCGUUCUCGGUGCCUCCUGUCACCCUGCCCGCCGUGCCUCGGCGCGGGCAGGCCCCGGGCCCCUUCCCCCCUCCUCCGGGGGGGGGUGGGCUCCUCUCCGGAAACCUGGCCGCUCCCUCCGUGCCGCCUGCCCAGCCGGGCCUGCGCCCGCCGCCGCCGGGCAGCGCGGGGGUUCCCUGGCGGCUGCCCGGCCUCUGCUGUGACACAGCAACAGGACAAGAGGUAAUGGGAAGAAGCUGGAACACAAAAAGCUCCAUUUAAAUGUCAAGAAAAACUGUUUUACUGUGAGGAGGAUGGAGCACUGGAACUGGCUGCCCAGGAGAUAAAAUAAUGCUAAUGAAGCAACCAUUUCCCUGAAGUUCAAGUUUUCAGAUUCACUGCCAUUAUGGAUGAGCAGCAAGCUUUGAAUUCGAUCAUGCAGGAUUUGGCUGUACUUCAUAAGGCCAGUCGUCCUGUAUUACCCCAGCAAGAAACAGGAAAACCAAAGUCAUCUUCUCCUAAAAAACAGAAUGAUGUUAGAGUCAAAUUUGAACAUCGAGGUGAAAAAAGGAUCCUGCAAUUACCAAGGCCUGUUAAACUUGAAGAUCUGGCAGCCAAAGCUAAAGUUGCUUUUGGACAGACUAUGGAUUUACAUUACAGCAAUAAUGAGCUUGUAAUUCCAUUAACCACACAAGAUGACCUGGACAAAGCUGUUGAGCUGCUUGACCGUAGUGUUCAUAUGAAGAGUCUCAAGAUAUUGCUUGUAAUACAUGGAAAUACACAGUCACCCAGUGUAAAUAAUGUGGAACCCUUGCCCUCACUGGAAGAUUUAGAUAAUACAGUGUUUGGUGUGCGAGACAGAAAAAGUCGACUGUCUGUAAUAGGUUCUAAUACUCGUGAUAGGAGUUCACCUCCCCCAGGAUACAUUCCAGAUGAACUGCAUCAGGUGGCCCGAAAUGGGUCCUUCACCAGUAUCAACAGUGAAGGUGAAUUCAUUCCAGAAAGUAUGGAUCAGAUGCUGGAUCCAUUAUCUUUGAGCAGUCCUGAAAACUCUGGCUCGGGAAGCUGUCCCUCACUUGACAGCCCUUUAGAUGGAGACAACUAUACCCGAUCACGGAUGCCAAGAGCACAGAGCUAUCCAGAUAAUCAUCAGGAAUUCUCAGUAGAGUAUGAUAUCCCAGUAUUUGAGAAGUUUGGAAAGGGGGGGACUUAUCCCCGAAGAUAUCAUAUUUCAUAUCAUCAACAAGAGUACAAUGACGGUCGUAAAACUUUUCCAAGAGCCAGAAGGACUCAGGGGAACAGCUUCCGGUCACCAGUUAGUUUCAGCCCCACUGAUCACUCACUGAGCACCAGUAGUGGAAGCAGUGUCUUUACGCCGGAAUAUGAAGACAACCGAAUGAGGAGGAGAGGAAGUGACAUCGACAAUCCAACCUUGUCAGUCAUGGACAUCAGCCCACCCAGUCGCUCACCACGAGCUCCAACUAACUGGAGACUUGGUAAACUGCUGGGUCAAGGUGCAUUUGGCAGAGUAUAUCUGUGCUACGAUGCUGAUACCGGAAGAGAACUGGCUGUUAAACAAGUUCAGUUUGAUCCUGAUAGUCCAGAAACUAGCAAGGAAGUAAAUGCACUUGAAUGUGAGAUUCAGCUGCUGAAAAAUCUGCUGCAUGAAAGAAUUGUUCAGUAUUAUGGCUUCUUGAGAGAUCCACCAGAGAGAACACUCUCUAUAUUCAUGGAAUAUAUGCCAGGGGGUUCCAUCAAAGACCAAUUGAAAUCAUAUGGAGCACUCACAGAGAAUGUGACUCGUAAAUACACACGGCAGAUUUUGGAGGGAGUUCACUAUUUGCACAGUAAUAUGAUUGUCCAUCGAGAUAUUAAAGGAGCAAAUAUUCUGCGAGAUUCAGCAGGCAAUGUGAAGCUCGGAGACUUCGGUGCCAGCAAACGCCUGCAGACGAUAUGUCUGUCUGGUACAGGAAUGAAGUCUGUGACAGGAACUCCAUACUGGAUGAGUCCAGAAGUUAUUAGUGGAGAAGGGUACGGCAGAAAAGCAGAUAUAUGGAGCGUAGGUUGUACAGUGGUAGAAAUGCUCACUGAGAAGCCCCCAUGGGCAGAGUUUGAAGCAAUGGCUGCCAUCUUUAAAAUUGCCACUCAGCCAACCAACCCCCAGCUACCACCUCAUGUCUCCGACCACGCUCGGGAUUUCUUGAAACGGAUUUUUAUCGAGGCCAAGCUGCGACCAUUUGCAGAUGAACUGCUAAGACACACGUUUGCACACUAUCACUAACAGCCUGCCUCAACUCAGCUUGCAUCUACUGCAUUUAUUUUCUAUUUGACUGCACUUUUUUUUAUUUUUUAAAGAAAAAGGAGGAAAAAAGACAAGAGAGAGAAUAUUCUCUUGAACCUUUAUUUCGCUUAGAUUGUAAACAAUCUAAAUUUUGUAUCUAAAAUGAGAAUAUUCUCUCCUCUGCUCCCACCAGGACUAGAACUUUUUGUUUCUAUAAUGUACUGAUGUGGUUCAUGUAGAUAAAGCACUUUAGUACAUAUUUGUUCCUUAUUUAAAGGGAAAAAAAAGACAAAUGCUUGGACAGUCAGGAACUGUGUGACCUUUUCUGACACCGCUGACCUACUCAGGGUGCAGGGAAAAACAGACAUGCAGCUAAUGGACAAGAAGGUUACUUCUCCGUGAUUCUUCUUUGUGUUGUAGGUACUUGCAGCAGAGAGUUUUAAGUUCUUGUUAUCUUUAAUCAGUUUCUGGAUUUUAUGGUUUAAGCUGGAACGGUGGUUCUGACAGCUAAUGAUAAAGUUGGGAGAACUUGGAACUCUUUGUACAGCAGCGUGUUUAACCGGUACUUCUUUGUGACCAAAAGAAAAUAACAAAAAAGAACUCAACACUGAUGUACAAGUUAGGGGGGGUUGAUGUAGAACUAUUGUAUUAUCUUAACAGGAAAAUAAUUACAGGUAAAGAGAUUAUGGACCCAGAAUCCUAGAAACUACUAUACUGCAAGGAGGAAACUUCCGUAAUAGACAAAGGUCAGCUGUUUGAUGUAAAUAGUUAGGAGAAUGCCUCCUGCUGUAUCUGCCAAAGAGAACCUCUGUUGCAUAAGCUUAGAGGAAGACGGUUAUCUUGGAUAGAAAAAACAGUGACACUGAGAGUCAGUUCUCUUCCACAAUCCCAUGAAUGGCUGGAGGAGAAAAGGGAGUGACUAAUCCUUGUGGCAGUAUAUGCGUUACUUGAUUCAGAAUGAGCUAUAAGAGGUGUUUUCAAAGCUGUCAAGAGGCGCUAGGAUGGAAUGUAUGUCAACAUCAAGUGCCUGAAUAAUAAUAUAAUAUUCUUCCCAUUAUGCACUAAAAAUUCACUUUUGUAACACAGUUCAGUCAUCUAGGAUGUGUUGAAAAUUCCUGAAAUAAAGUUAAACAUCUUUUAACACCAGGAAUAAGUCACUGAGAAAGAUAAGACUCCAGUUGUACUUUAAUAAGGAAGCUAUGAUGAAUCCACAUGAACAAGGAGGCAUAGCACAAAAGAUUGCAUGAAGCCAAAAGUGCAAAGACAGACAGUAAUUACAUAACAUGAGCAUGAUUACUCCUGCCUGAUAAUCCAGAUGAUUGGUGUUUGUCAGACUUCCAACUGACAUAAAACAUAACUUAAUCACUGUUCUAUUUCUGAAAGAGUGUAAUAAAACAGUAGAAGCAAAAUUGAAAUACUGCUUCUCAAUUGAGGAGUGCAGGUACUGAUCAGGUGUAGUGAAUAACUGACUUUUCACAACAGAAAAGUCAAACUCAUUUUUUUGUAGAACACAAAAUGAAUAAUUUAAAAGGGCACUUGGAAAUAAACUAUUGGUCUACAGAACUGAAAUCACAUAUACUGUUUGAGAUGAUUUGUUGCUUGCGUUUGUUGUUUCAUAAAGGCAGAGCGGGCUGGUACUGUGAACCUCAUCCACAAGCACUACUUGUUUUGCAUCUUUAGAGGACUAUCAGAGCUAUGAAGUGCAUGGGAACAGAACAAUAAGCUUACCCAUUUCCAUGGUGGUUUACUCAUGAGAUUUCUGAAUUUAUUCCGCUGCCUUCCAAAUUUUGUACCAGAACAUAAACAGAUGCAUGAAUCUAUCCUAAUCAGUUUAGCUGUAGUAGAGUAAGAAUGGAUUUUUUUGAGGCCAUCUCUCCUGAGACUCAGAUUGGUGGCUUCUUUGGUUUAUGUGAGUAUUUUAUCCAGCUUAUAAUUUUCUUAGUCAGGGUACACAACUCUGCAGGGUUUUCUGAGUACGGGAAGAUCUAGUCAGACCAGGGAAAGCUUAGAAGGCUGAAAGUCAGCUUGUACUGCCUGACUUGUCUCUUGCUUCUCUGUCACUAGAUAAAAGCUACGAAAGCAGCCUUUAAGAAGAAUUGUAUGUGCUUUGCUGUAAAGGACCUUUGCUUUAUAAGCAAAAUUUAGUGACAGCAGGGAUGUGAAGGUAAACGUAGAGCCUAAUAGUUUAUGUAGGUAAAUUAAAGAUCAUAUAGUGGAAAUUACUGAUUUCAAACAGAUUGAGAUGGUACCAAAACCAAGGUGAAAAUGUAUAUAGAAAUCAAUAGUGGACAGCGAUACCUGAAAAGGUAAGAACAUUUUAUAUUACCAAAAAAGGACAUUAAAGGGAAAAACGUAACCAGGUUUAUCUGUAGCAUUCAUAACAUUUAAAUAUACUCUUCUAAAAAGAAACUGCACUCUCUGAAGCUUGAAAUUUUUCAGAAUCUAGUUUUCUUAUAAUGUAUCCUUUUUGUGAGAGUGCUGGCUCGUGUAUAUUGCAAUCACUUCCUUGUUGUGAUUUUAAAUUAUUGAAUAAUCAAGUUUGCUGCUUUUGUGCCUUUUCUAAAGCAUGGCGUUCAGUCAUGACAACGGUAAGCAUUUUGGAGCCAGGAAAGAGAAUUUGAAGAAAGCACUUUCCUUCAUUACUUUGACAUCUCAGAAAGCUGCCAAUGUAAAGACGGGGCUUACAUGCAAUGACAUUUGCCAGUUCCACUGACUCCAGUGAAACUUUAUUAAUUUAACCAAGCUGAAGUUCAAGCUGGUUUGGGUUUUUUCAGCCAUUAGAGCAUUUGUCUACUGACUUAAACAACUUACGUGUUAAUAACCAUAUAUUUUAGUGUAUAUUUUGAGAUAGAAAUGAUUAUGAAGCUGAAUCAGAUCUUUACCAGAAGAUUAGCCAAUAUUUAUCCCCCACUGGGGUAAUGUAGCAAACCAAACCACAUUAAGUAGCAUGAUACCUCUGUAUCCAGUGUCUGUAGAACACUGAUGUUGACCACCGGGCGUGACAAUGAACAAACCUUAGUUCUGGAAUUUGAGAGGGUACUGUCAUAAUUGCACACGUAAAACUCCAUUGGAGGAGGGUUACAGAGCCAAAAGCCCUGCUCACAGCUUCUCCUGUCUUACUAACAAAGAUACCAGCAUUUGAGAAUUGUGAAUUAGUCUUAAUUGUUGAAUCCAGUUACUAGAAAAAGCCAAUGAAAAUGGUACUUUUCCAGAGUUGUUUUGAUUUUCUGUAAAUGUCACAAGGAAGCUAUGCUCUCAAAAAAACCCAAGGAGCAAGGCUCACAGUGAGUAUGCAUAUUUUCAAAAGGCCUAUCUACUAAUGAAUUUUAUUAUGUUGCACUUAAGUAACAAAAGCCAAGUGACUUCUGUAGUACCAGCUUUAAUGGUGUAGCUAACAGUUCUAUUAGAGCAUGACUGAAAGUUUCAGUUGUGUUGGAGCAAGUUGUAUAUUUUUAAUUAGAGUAUAUAGAAAUAUCCAUGCAUGGACUUAAAAAGCAUGGAUCUAAGAAUGGCAAAGUUAAAUCUACACAGACCUUUUUUUUUUUUCUUGACAGUUUAAAUAUAAUCUUAAAAUUUUAACUUGAUUUGCAAUUCAAUUUGUAGCUAAACAUUUACUUGGUUGGAUUUUUUUUUCAGCUAGUGCCUUUUUAUCUGUAUGCCUUAAUUUUGUUAAUAUUUGAACACCAUAUUGAACUAUAUAUCAUACAAUUCUAUGUCACCAAAGGAGUCUUAAGAGUAUGGGUUGUUUCAAAGUGCCCAAACCAGCAUUCACUUAACUACACUGAAAAGUACACUUUGGUUUUAAUUUGCAGCAAAUAUUUAAAUUCACAUAUUUUAAAAGUGGAGUUUGGAGCACUUCCUGAUGGCUGAGAUUUGACACUGAUUCACGUAGCAGAAAAAGGACUUUUCUGCGCUCACAGAACUGCUGUUAAGAGUUUAGAUUUAGCUUCCUGGCUCUGGGUACUUCGCUGACUCUGGAUUUACUGUAGGGACCACAGCAGAGUCUUUAAUGGACUUGAAAUGAUAGUUGGUAUGUUUGUAAACAUGAUACUGUAUUUAGAAGUUGUUUACUUUCAGUACACAGGAAUUUGGUGUAGUUAAGCCAAUCAAGUUCUCAGUUAAGCUAGCACCGUGCCCAUUAAAUUCUUCCCUGUGCCUUUUGGGUAAGCCUCAUCCUGCCGUUGUCUUGACUGAAAACCGUGUAGCACCUGUGGGUACAGCACAGUACAGCAAGCCAUUCUUUCAGAUAACACAGAGCAACAUCGAACUGCAGCUUCAGAGACUUGAGCAAAUUUGUCAGAUCUACAGUUAUUUAUAACCAAUUUCUUACUUUUCUUAAUCUUGAAAGUCUUUGUCAUGCAUAUAGAAAAGCAUAAUUUGUCUGCUUGAAUGUAAGUCCCUAUGGUGUUUCUGGAAAAGCAAAGGUAUUACUGCCAGUAUCAUUUCCUCUUGCUGGUAACUUGCUGUCUUGUGUUAAUGACAAGUCCACAGUGUAAAACCACAUACAAUUACCAAAGCUUUUCUAUCUCUGUAUACAUAUAGCCAAAAGUGACGUUUUACUGGAUUAGUACUGUUACUUCUAGGUACAUAUAUAUCCAUCAGUAAGCUAUUGCUAACUGAAUAAAGCAGGUAUUAGUACAGAACAAUAGGCACUGCCCAUAUUUAAGAGAUAUGGGUGUUCAUAGUUGCUGUUUUGAUGUGCAAAAUUCAUGCCAGCAUUAAAAUGAAGAGUUUGCUUUUCAAAACUCUCUUUAACUUAAUCUUACUGUUGUCAUUCUAAAAUUAAUGCAUAAGCUUGGUGACUAAAACUCUAGUCACUUGUAUAUCCAGGUUUGAGCUUUGGGACAUUUAAGGAGCACCAUGAAGAGAAGUAGAUUUGUGGCCUGAACUGCUCAGUGCACCGUGGUGAGGACAUUUCAGAGCUGCGGGAAGCAGUCUGCUUGGAGGGACAGCAGAGGGGUGUGGAGGGGCCACAAAAGUGGCAGACAGGACUGCUACCAGCCCUGGCUUUCUGAAGCCAAGCACUUGAUCACACAAACGAAGGAGCUCCUUUCUGUUUUAUUUCCCCUGCUUGGCCUGCAUGGUUUAUUUUCAUUUGCAGUUGGUGUAACUUAAAUACUGCAUAGGUAGUGGCCACUGAUAGCUCCUGAAUGAGGUACAAGUUCAUGUACAGCGUUAUACCAGGGCCCCCGGGAUGCUGCAGCUCCUCACUCACUGGAGCAACCCGUGGGUUUUCUCUAGCAAUAUAUACAAGUGCAUAUUUGAGGGGUUGAUGGGAUGGAGGAAAUGAAGUUUCUGCCGUUCCAAAGCGCCAAUGCUAGCAGUCACGCUUUGGCUUGGCUUUAGUUUUCAUAGACUUACUUUAAAGGGGGAGGAACUGGAUUAAAACACGUGAAAAUGGUUAUCUCACAGUUCAGCCCUUAGGUUGGGUCAACCGCUGAGGAUUGGAGGUCAGGGUCGUCUGGCAAGAGUAAGGAGAAGGAUACUCUUAACUCCAGCGUGAAUGUUCAUGGGAAACACUGCAAAGGUUUUAUAUGUCUUUAACACCCAAAACAGACGAUCCUUUUCCCCAGAGGUUACAUAGCGUGGAUUUAAAAACAAGGAUUGCAUUUUCUUCUCAGCACAGGCGUGAGAUUGUUGGUUCCCUAGUGUUUGUUUCUUGUUAACAUCAGUACAAAAAGGUGGUGUCAUCCUUAACUGGGAACGGUUUGUUUAAAGCAUAGUGUCUGUCAUCUCAGACCUCGCAGGAGUGGUAUAAUGGAGUCUCACUGUAAAUACAUGGAGGAGAUGUAGAUGAAUUGGAAGGUAGGCUUUUAGUUUUCAUGAAGCUAUGAAUAAAAAUUUGUAAAUUUCCUCUUAAUCUAAUGUACAUUUUUAUGUAGCCAUUAAAUUCUCUAUUUAAUCUAUCAGUUUCUCACUGUAAAUGUUUUUACUCUCAGUUGAAUGCUGGGCACAGUUUGUAAUGUAUGUACACAAAGGUGUUUUUUUCUAUCAACGUUGACUUUUUUGCACAUUUUUGAAAAUAUUUAAUUUGUACACUGAUUUAAUACUCUGACCAACUGUCGAUGGGUGUAUGAGAAUCACGUGUGUGUGCAAUGUACUACUGUCUGGAUGUAUGGGGUUUUUUAAUUACUUUGGAAAUGUUGCUACCAGUAACUGCACUGCCGUUGCUGCUUUACAUGAAAUAUCUUGUGUAUAUUAAAAAAAAAAAUGAAAACAAUUUAAAAAAACCUAGCCCACGGUUAUCUUGGUUGAAGGACUUGGAAGUUGAGCAUCAUGUACUGGUUCUGUUUGUCUAACUUUCCAAACUUAAAAACAAGCAAACAAAGCGACCCACCCACCCCCCGCCCCCUUGUAAUUCUGUGUAUGCAUUGAAUGUGUGUGUGUAUAUAUAUCCCAGUAAUCUUAUUCCACAAUUUCAUUUCUACAUUUUUAUGAACUUGUUUUUUAAGGGUACUAUGUUUAGUUAGAAUAAUUAAAUAUAUAAAAGCUUUGAGAGAUGAUUUACUAGAU